GCGGGAGACCUACCUUUAAUUAACAGGAAAUGAUAACACACGAUUUAACAAAGAAAGUCUAGCAUAAACAAGAUAUAAUGUUGGAUGGCCUGGUUUAUUUAAUUUCAUAUGUAUACAGUUUUUAAGGAGCAAACAUAGUCGCACGUGUGACAUAAUAUUUGCAACUUUGCUGCAGACGAUCUGAGUGAUUUCUCCUAUUUAACCGGACUAUCACGAAUUUAUGCGGAAGUUACCGAGUCAUCGAUUACUUCUAUGUUUAUAUCUUGUCUUGAUCUUGCCAUUAUACCUGUAGAAUCUCAGUUAACAGUGACCAUAUUAAUCACCUCUACAAUUAACCAAACAUGGAGGGAUUCUCUCAUAUUCUCCAUGUUUUGACGGUACUUUUGCUUCUGGUCAUCAUUUUUAUCUUCAGCAUUCUUGCCGGAGGAUUAGGACCGGACAGAAUGGCUGGAUUUGACCCCUUUAUCCAGUAUGGACAGUGGGCAACCACGUUGCUGUACUUGUUACGGUUCCUUACUUUCAUUCCUAUUCCACAGGCGAUUUUCAACUUUUGCGGUUUAGUGAUGUACAAUACUCACCCACCCAAACCAAAACUGAAGACUUCAACGCUUUUUGGCCCAUUUAUAUGUUUUCGUGUUGUGACAAGAGGUACAUUUCCUGAUUUAGUGAAAAAAAAUAUUGAAAAAAAUGUUGAAGUGUGCUCUAGGAUUGGUUUGGACAAUUAUAUUCUUGAAGUGGUCACUGACAAUGUCAUGAACUUAGCAAAGUCUCCAAGACAUAGAGAAAUUGUGGUACCAGCAAAAUACCAGACCAAGAAUCAUACACUGUACAAAGCAAGAGCCCUGAACUACUGUUUGGAACCUGGUAUUAACAUGCUGACAGAUAAUGACUGGAUUGUGCAUCUGGAUGAAGAAACGCUUUUAACUGAGUCAUCAGUAAUCGGCAUUGUAAAUUUUAUCAAUGACGGCACAUAUAAAUUUGGACAGGGGGUGAUAACGUACGCUAACGAGGAAAUCGUCAGCUGGGUCACAACCCUGGCUGAUCUGGUUAGAGUUGGAAUGGACUACGGUAUGAUUAGAUUCUGCCUGAAGUAUCUACACAGACCUGUCUUCAGCUGGAAGGGAAGCUUUAUUGUGUCAAACGCUGGAGUCGAAAAGCAGAUUACCUACGACUUUGGUCUGGAAGGAAGCAUUGCGGAGGACUGUUUCUUUGCACUGACUGCUUGGAAAGAAGGGCAUCAGUUCGGGUUUGUAGAUGGAGAAAUGUGGGAGAAAAGCACAUUCUCAGCCAUGGACUAUAUUCAUCAACGAAAGCGCUGGGUACAGGGUAUAUACAAUGUGUUCUUCAGCCCACUUAUACCAUACCGCUACAAAGGUGGUAUCACUCUCAUGUUGUUAUCGUGGGUUUUUAUGCCAUUCACUGUACCGAACAUUGUGCUAGUGCCACUGUUUCCGCUGCCGAUGUGGCGGUGUGUAAACGUUCUAUGUGCCUUUAUGGGUGCUACAAUGCUUUUCUUGUUCAUUUUUGGUGCUAUCAAGUCAUUUUCUCCACGCCGUAUGGGAUGGCCGAAGUAUGUAUUCCUCUGCUUUGUUCCAAUAAUAAUCGUGCCAGUGUCGAUGGUGUUAGAAACAAUUGGUGUGGUGACUGCAUUGUGUACAACCAAGAAAACAUCAUUCCACAUUGUGGACAAACAGACCGUCUUACCAAAAACUGUAUUGCCAUCCACAGCUCACACUGUUCAGCAUGUUUGA